UGCGCCCAUGAAACACGAAAUAUUGUCGUUUGCAGAAAUUACCUAACAUUUUUUGUCACAAUGCGGUUACAAAUGACAUGUUUUCAGAACUGGCACUCCACACUGCUCUGGAAUUCAUUUAUUCUGCUGAUCUCACUAUACAGUGCUGCAGCUUACAAGUGUUCUAGAGACGGGUCCAAAAUAGUCCGCAAUGUCAUUCUUGAUAAAAUAAAACCGGCAUUCUGGCAACAGAUACCAGAAUACAUUCAGCAUAUAGCUACCUCGAGUUUCACAAAGAUGGAAAUGCCAAAGACAUGUCCAUUCUAUCUUCAACGAGAACUUUUUUUCCUCCAGGAAGAACGCAAAGUUGUGGAAGGUGCAAACCGAUGGAAGUGUAACAUUUGUGGGAAAGCAUUUAUUACAGAACACUUCCUCGACAAACAUUUUGACAACAGGCACAGAGAUUGGAUUAGAGAGGGCAAUGAUUCUGUCUGCCUGUCUGAUUACUGUGAUAUUUUCCGCUGUGAUAUUUUGUCACAUUCCCGUCGUCCCGACUUCUGGGAUGUGGCGCUGUGUUUAGAAGAUGACAUGCAGGAAGUGUUUGAGAAGUGCAUGACUCAGAUGAAACAGUGUAUGCCGAGUGAAUCACCAGGUAACUGGAGUGCCGUUUUGUCAGGAUUGUUACAUGACCGAGUGUGUUCUUACUUGACGUGCAACAAGUACUGGGAUAUCCCGCAGCAACAGAGGCAUUCUGAAGGUCUUAUAGCUUUCUAUAUCAUCAGCUCAGUGUUGGUGGGGUUCGGUUUGGUCGUGUAUUACUGCAUCUUCUACCAGUACUACUACACGGAUGCGUUUGCCGACAGCGUGGUACCGGAAUCGUAUUCCAGGAACCAGAGACACGAGGAACUGAGACACAGAAAUUCAGAUAGGCUCUAUGACUUUUCCUGACAUGUUCAACUGGAGCUAACACACUUCAGUUUUAAAGUUCUGAUGUGUAAAAAGAACCAUGAAAUAUAGACACAGUGGUCGGAGAUACAGAACUGGAAGGAAGGAUGAAAUGUUUUAUUUAACAAGUCUCAAUGUUACGUAUCGUUAAACAUAAUAUGGUUAACAACCACACAGGGGGCGGGAUGUAGCCCAGUGGUAAAGCAUUCACUUUGAUGUGCGGUCAGUCUGGGAUCGAUCCCUGUCAGAGGGCCCAUUGGGCUAUUUCU